AAAAAAUUACGGCAUCCUUACCAUUUAUUGAAAUCGAUUUAAAAUUAACUCCAGAACAAAUGUCCAUGUUUAUUAAUGGUCUCAAAUAUGUACCACCAUGUCAAAUACGAUAUAUUCGUAAACCAUCUAUCGAUAAAAAACUUACUGAACAAUAUGAAAAUAUAUCCAACAUUGUAAAACAAUGUCUCAAAGAUAAUAUUAUGUCAACAACAGAUGAACGAGCAAAACAAGCAUUUUCAGAUUUAGAACGUAUCGUACAAGAAUUAAAACAUACGAAAAUUUCAAAAAAAUUACAUUAUCGUGCACGAUUUGAAAGAAGAAUUGUUCGCGGUAUUCAAAAUUUAUUACGUCAACGGCCAGAUGUUGUACUAUGUCGUGCCGAUAAAACAAAAGCAUUGUAUUGUGGUAGUAAGGCUACGAUGAUUGCUAAAGCAUAUGAAUAUAUGACUAGAACGAAUGCUUAUGAAACAAUUACAAAUGAUCAUUGUCCUUUAACUGAUAUUGUAAAUGCUGUAAAUGGAUUGCUCGAUAGUCUUGUAAAACAGAAAGGUCUAACAAUAAGACAAGCAAAUAAAUUACGACCUAAUUUAAAUAGAUUAGAAUUAGCUCAUUUUCAUGGUCUACCUAAAACACAUAAGGAUGGUACACCAUUACGACCGAUCAUUGCAUCGAUCAAUGCACCAACAACAUUAAUAUCAAAAUUUUUAAAUAAUCUUUUAGCACCAAUCUAUUUGCAAGUAGCUCGUGAAACAACUUUUAUCAAUGAUAUCGAUACCGUACGAAAAUUAGAAAAAUAUGUUUCACAUCGGUAUUUAACAUCAACAACACAAUUUAUUACAGCUGAUGUUAAAGAUCUUUAUACGAUGAUACCACGAGAUGGAGCUAUUGCAGCAUUGAUUCGGUUUUUAGAAAAAUAUUCUUAUCAUGGCAAGAUUGGUACAUUAAGUAUUGAUCAUAUUGUAAGAAUGGCUCGUCUAAUAUUAGAUACGAAUUAUUUUGCUUAUGAAAAAACAUACUAUCGACAAAAACGUGGUGGAGCAAUGGGUUCAGCAUUUACACAAGUCUUAGCCAAUAUUUAUAUGUUAGAAUGGGAACAAGAUUUAAUUCGGUAUCAAACUCAACAUCAUGAAAUUUAUGGGAGAUAUAUCGAUGAUAUAUUUAUGACUACCAAUCAAACAACAAAUGAAAUUAUAAAUGAACUCAACAAAGCAGCACAGAAAGAUAUCAAUAUUCAAAUUGAAUAUAAAAUUUCUAUAUCCGUUGAUUUUCUAGAUGUAACGAUUACCAAUGAAAAUGGACACUUAAGAACAUCCAUAUAUCAUAAACCAACUGCUGAACCUUAUAUUUUACCUUUUACAUCGGAUCAUCCACGUCAUAUUCAUCGAAAUAUACCCUAUGCAGCUCUAUUACGUGCUGUACGUCUAUGUUCACAUGUCGAUGAUUUUCAUAUGGAACGAAUUCGUAUUGAUAUGUCGUUAUUAUUAAAUCAUUAUCCACCAAAGUUUAUUACAAAACAUAUUGAUCGAUUCUUUCGUUUAAAUAAUGUUAUCUCUAUAUUAAAAAGAGUAGAUCAACAACAAGUGUACGAAGAAUUACAUAAAAAAUUACUUGAACAAUUAACACGUCGUGAAAAAACCUUGAAAACCAUGAUGCAAGAUUCGAUAAAAAAUCCGCAAGUUUUACAAACGAAGAUAUGGGAUCGCAAAGUUAUGUAUCCACGUUAUCAAUUUGACAGUGGACUAACAUUAAACUUUCGUCGAUCUUUCCAUUCUUGGUGGUUAAAACAUUAUGUCUUUCCCACAUCUAAUGUCAACAACGUUCGAAUUCGAUUAGUACCAAAAAUAAAUCGUACACUCGAACAUUUCUUCAUUCGUAAAAAACCACCACGUGAAAUGUUAACAGAAAAGGAACCAUCCACUUGA